UCCACUUUAGCGCAUCACCAACUCGAGGUUGUCGCCGUAGUCGCAACCUUCUAUUCUACCUUCCCCGCGCCUCUACGACGGCUCCUCCCGGUGUGCGCUUCGUUGCGCGCUUUCUUUUGCCCUGAUUGGGCUCCACCGUUUCCCACCAUGGCUCACAAUGGGAACGGCUCGAUUUACGGUCUCAAUGGUGGUCCGAUAGCACCUGGUUCCCAUGCUACUCGAGUCGAAAAUACGGCGAAACCAGAACAAUGGUGGUAUACGGAAAAUGGACGAUCCUAUGAUACUUUUCGAAGAGGCCGAUAUAUGUUCCCAAUGGACGAGGGGGAAAUGGACAGGAUGGAUAUGCUUCACAAAUUCUUUCUGGUGGCGCGGCGGGAUAAUUCUAACUACGGAGGUCUAUGUUCACGGCCGCUACCUCACCAACCACGGAUUCUGGAUCUUGGGUGUGGAACCGGUAUAUGGGUGAUUGAUAUGGCCGAUCGGCAUCAAGGACGAGCGAAUAUUCUCGGUUGGGACCUUUCUUUAAUACAACCUCUUAGGAUUCCACUGGGUGUUGAGUUUCAGCGGCGCGAUAUAGAGGAACCCUGGAGUGGUGUAGAAGAGAGUUCUUUUGAUCUUAUACAUAUGAGAAUGCUUGCUGGCUCUAUAGAAAACUUCCCAGGUCUAUACAGGCAGAUACUGAGGUACCUCAAGCCUGGAACUGGACUUUUUGAGCAUGUAGAAAUCGAUCUCACCCCUAAGUCCGAGCUCGGCGAAUUACCCGAUGAUUCUCACCUUAAGAUAUGGGCUCAAGAGUUGACCGAGGCCAUGAAUAGGGCUAGACGGCCUAUAACAGCAAAUCUUCGUACUGUCGAAAUACUGCAAAGUCUUGGAUACGUCGAUGUUGAGCAAGUCAGCAAGCGAAUCCCAUUCACUACUUGGCCCGAUAGUGAGCCUGAGAAAGAAAUAGGCAAAUGGUUCAAUCUCGGUAUUACAAUGGGGUUACAGGCCCUGUCAAUAGCUCCCUUAACCAGAAUGAAUGGUUAUGAACCAGAUCAAGUUAACGACCUGAUUGCCAAAGUGCGGAAGGAAAUGUGUUCCCGUGGAAUGAGAGCCUACUGCACCAUGUAUAUUUGGACGGCACGAAGGCCAUCCAUACCCGGCCAACGAGCGUGAGCGCUUCUCGGCUACCUGCAACGCACCCACAGGAUCGGUAUCUACCUACACGCCAUUAGCACUGUUCUUCCGCUCUGUCAUCUCUCCCGGGCUACAGCCUACCUAAGACAUCUGUGCGCUUGCAGAAAAGAUGUGCCACUCCCCUCUCUAAGUACCUAUGCAGGUUCUUCCGCCUUUUCGAGUU